AUGUCGACAGCAUCUUUGUCUGAAGUCCUGGCUUCUAGGAGCAGAUUCCUGGAGGAAAUAGAGUUAUGGGCCUUGUGCCGAGAGUGUUGUCUUACCCUGGAGUAUGUCCAUGAUUGUGCUGACCUGUUCCAGUCUCUCUGUAUAAGUCCUGACACUGUGGCCUUUGACCCAGAAGGGAAUGUUUGCUUUCUGGACCUUGACAUGGGUAAGUGAAAUGUUCAAAUUUUUCAUAACAUUCUUGGGGGUAAAUGUUAAAACUGAUGGAAAAAUUUACUUUUAUUUCCAUGAGAUGAUAUGCCAUAAAAAAAUGUACAUCUAAUUCAUUGAGAUGAUAUGCCAUAUAUAUAAAAAUAUAUUUCUAAUUCCAUGAGAUGAUAUGCCAUAUAAAAUUUCUUACUUUCUUAAGAAAUUUAAAUUUCAAUCAAAUAAAGUGCAUCUUUAUUAAAACUGUUUGAUUUUUUUUUGUCCUAAGAGCCAGACGCAAUGUUUACAGCACCAGAAAAUGAAAGUUCCGGGGGAAACUCCUACAAGGUUAGUUGA